AGAUUAUGUUGGCAUACGACAACCGAUAACAGUUCUGCGACGGCAGAUCGUGUUUUAUUAUACUGUCAUUUCAAAGUUCCAGAGAGAAAUGUCCCCAACGUUGCGUCGUCGUCGAGGAAUGUUUUCGCAGGCGAGCCUGAAAUUAGUGCGAAGAGUUGCACCGAAAGGUCUUUCUUGACCAGCAAGAGAACGUCGGUUCCCUCGCGGUUCGCUUCGACGUCGAUCUGCCACGGUUGGAUGUUUUCCAAGGCGAUUUGUCCUUCGACAGGAUACGCUGGCCCGUCCACGAGGAAGUUAUCUCAUUCAGCGCGGACCACUUAUUUCUCGGCGAACAAUCCGGCCUGCAGGAAGUACUCGUCGCGUGGGAACACGGAGAAGGGCGUUUUCUGCGGAACGACGUCUCGUAGACGUCGGUUCUCCUCCGAAGAUAGCUCCUGCAACAAAACGUCGACGUCAGAUAGCCGCGGUGAUCAGACAUCUGGGAACCAGGAAGCAGCCAAGGACCGGUGCUCGAAGAGGAAGCCCGUCGCAAGCUCCUGUUCGAGUGCGCCCAUGGAAGUAUGCCCCGAGUCCUCGACAACGUGCACGCUUUCGGUCAAGGAUCCGUGCCCCAAGCCUUGCCCUCCCCCUGUGUGCCCUGCUCCCGAGGAAUCCAAUCGUUGCUCGAACGUGGACGAUUAUUGCGUUACCGAAGCGUCUCGGAAGGAAAAGUUCUAUCGGUUUUUGUCUCUCUUCGUGGCGAUGCCGCUGAUAUUGGUCAUGUCGAUCUACGUUUACGCAAGAGAAAUGGAAAAGAAGAAACAACCGCGGCCAGAGUUCGUGGACGUCCCCUACAUGCGUCGAAUAAUUAAGCCUUUCCCGUGGGGCGACGGCAGGCACACCUUGUUCCACAAUCCCGUGAAAAAUCCAAUAUCCCCUCACGGAUACGAAGUGGAAGACCCGAAUGCACCGAAGACAGGCGAACCAAAGGAUUAACGAACGCGUCACGGUACACGUAAGAGAAAAGGGACAACGAGAUCGCUUUAACCGUGCGGCGUGACUCUCGGUUUUAUUGUUCGUUCAUUGUCCCGGAAAUUGGCUCGAAAUAGAUCGGUUCAGCGACGCUGGAGAUCUGAAAUUGUCCAACGGAAACGUAUCAUCGAACGUCUUCGCGUGUACUUGAACCUUUUGGAAAUUCGGGCCGCUUUCAAAAUUACAUACGAACGAAUUGCCACGGGAGCGAAUUUUUUCCACGGCGUUUCCUAUCCGAUUGUUUUUGCUCGCUAACUUAUUCGCGGUGCGGUAUUCGACUGCCGGAUGUGCCGUAUCUGGCGGCCGAAUGAAAAUAACGCGGCGAUUAUGGCCGCCUGACCGCGUUCGAUCUCCGUAGAUUCCUUCCUCGUUUCAGCAACGAGCUACGAUCAAAUUUCCAUUCCCGUGGCAUGAUAAUUACCGCAAAACUUGUUCAACUCUCUGUUGCGUAAUGUGAUCAGGCAUUGCUAAAAAUUCAUGACGCUGUAAAGUAUUCUAAAUCCUCUUCGUACGGUACGGAAUUGAAUAAACGUGCAGUUAAGGCAAUAAAAUGUGUAUCGGAAUAGAGAGUUCAAACGUGCUACAGAUUCAAAAAUUCGUAGAGUCUACGAGUUCUACUUUUUCGAACAUUCGCUGUGGUCAACGUCUAUUUCUGCUCCACUUCUCGCGCAUUCCUCGUUACAGCAGAACAAAACUUCACUGAAGUCGAGGGUGCAAUGAUGCCGCACCCUUGUUACUCUUCUAACUCCCCUAACGACGGUUCCCAAGGAGUCUCAGAUGGUUUGUGUCUCCUAUCCUACGCGUUUCCUUUCGUGUGUCGCUCGACGAAUCCGAAUACGGUAAAGUCUCCUUACAUGAACAAACUCGGGACUGAACUUGUGCGUUCAUCGAAGAGCUCGUAUAUUUUUUGGUGUUUCCCGAUGCGCAUCAAACGUAGAGGAGGACAACGAAUAAAGAAGAGGAAAGUAUUACUAUUUAAUAUUCAUCUUAUAAAAAAUAUAUAAUAUGUAACAGCACUUGUAAAUAAAUAAUUUCUCGUCGUAUAAUUUAAGUGUACGAUUUGAUUAGGAUUUGAUUAGCAUUGUCUCGCCAAUAUAUUCGAUCUCGGAUCAUGUUCUCGGAUCAUGUUCUCGGAUCACGUUCUCGGAUCAUCUCAAGGGGUAUACGCCACAGUGGUGGGGAUGGUUUCUGUGCAUUUAUCGUAGAGAAAUUUCUGCAUUUAAAGAGAGUUUACGGUACGCGUAUCCCCGGAGAAGGUCAACGUUGGACGAGACCCCCGAGCACGUUCUUGUCCUCUCCUUUCGUCACUGGGUGAAACUUGUCGCUUGCGUCACACAUGUACAAGGCACAUGUGCAUAUUAUGCCGGCAGGUUCUCCUAAUGUCGUUUGACGUCACGACGACGUUUGGACAUCCGAGGAUGGGAUGCGCUACUUCCUUUUUCUCUCUUCUCGAUUCAUUCGAAUCGGCGUAACGAUAUCCGGCGUUGGGUCGCGAUCGUUCAAACGUUCUAAUUUUACGCCGGUAACAUAAUGGCACCUUGUGUUUAUUCUCGGACGAUUAAUGCGAUUUUCGACAUGCCCGUGCCACGAACGUGCGAAACGAAACAGAAACUAUUUCAGUUACAUUCAAUAGAAAUCAUUCUAUUGGAAUUCCUCUUAUUUCGAAAAGUACAUUUCACUAGUUCUCGUAUUUAUAAAAUAUGGUACUUAUUUUUCGCAGAUACGAUCAUAAAAAUUGUAGCUACACUUGUUCGAAGUCCGAUUGCGUUCAUGAAUGAUCGAUGAGUUGGAGGUCAAGGGUAUUUCAAGUUCGAUUUGAUUCUUUUUAAAGACGAGUUGCACGACCUAAUAUACUGGAUUAUUUAAGUCCGUUAAAUAUUCAACGAAAUCGUCUGGAAAGUAGUCAUUCCAGACAAAAUUAAUCGUGGCCACCUUGGGUGGUAUGUUGGGAAUGUCUUAAAAAAAAAAAAAGAAUACAGCUUUCUAUUGGGAGGCGAAGGGAGUUGUCCGCAGUAACGAAGUCGAUAAAAUAAUGCCGAGCGAAAACGAACAAAGACGCCGCACUUUGGCAAGCGAUACUUAUUUAAAACUGUAUGCCAUAAAUGGCUACCCACGUUUUUACCGUAGUCUCUGCGCGUACAAUAAUCAAUACAAUGAUUCACGAAUCUUAUCUCUUACUUUGUAAAAAUGUACAAAUCGUAAAGCUCGUUUCUCGAUCGUUUUAUUUUUCAAUCGAGCUUCCAUUUACAGAUUAGAUCGAGAAAAACUUGUAGUUAAAUUUUACGAAGUCCCUCGACGCGUUCGGCGGCCAUCUCGAGAUUUAAUCAAAUUCAAAGUGCUCGUCCUUGCCGGUGAAAAAAGAAAAGGCUAUUUCGAAUCAUCGAAACGAUUCUCGUCGCGCAAUUUCUUUCCCCUUCGGCGUUUGAAAACCUUUGUAAGAAUUAAGCCGCGCUUGUCUAUUCAUAAAAUGUCCCUUAUAUCGCUCGGUUCGCCGAAGAGAAUGGUUUUUACCGUCCAUCGAGCGCGACCCUCGGCGCUUUUGUGCGAAAUCACAGGGAAUAGCGCCUCCAACGUUUCCCCAAUCUCUACCCUUUUGAUAGGCGAAUUUUAUUCUUCCCUUUCAUCUCUCGUAAAUAGACCGAACCCCCGUCUUUGUACGUAAUAUUGUUGAUUUCUACGCCAAGGAAUAUCGGGGGAGAGAGAGUAGAUAGUUUCUCAUCCGGCAGAUACCUCUUCUGCUAAUGUCAAAGGUCGGUAUUGUACGCCGACGACGCGUUGGAACGAACCUGCCACCGCGGUACAAAUUUCUAUUUAAUCUCACGUGUAGAUACCGUGUUUCGGACGUUUUGCCAGUGGCGGAUGUAUCUUUGGAGCCUGGAGCUCAUUACGUCGAGAAAGGAUUCCUUCUCUCUUAUCAAAGUAUUAACGAUAAGCUCGCGAAUAUUACGUUUUCAACCCGGAUAUUAUUUACGUAAAACGCAGAUAUAUUUCAAGAACAAAAUGAAUUGUUUUUCUUUUCCUAGUAAUGUUUCUUCGUUGUUGUUUUUCUGGUCUAAACCGUGUACUUUACUCCUUCGCCAUAUCAUUAGCUCCUCUUUUUUCUCAUUUUUUAUUCCAUUCGAGGCUGACGUCAGCUACUUUACAGCGUAACUGUGACUAAGCUGUAACUAUAUUAUUUGCAUGAUUUUGUUUUUUACUUGUUAUUGGACUUUGUACACUCUUCAUAGAAUUCGCAAGUAUUUACAUAUAAAAUGUGAACAGUACCGAUACUCGACAGAAUUAAAAAAAAAAAAAAAAAAAAAAAAAAAAAUGCUUCAUACAUCAUGUAACCAAUAACCACACUUCAUUCUCUGUUUCGUGUUAAGUGGGCGUCUGCAGAGUCGCAUAAAUUAAAUGGAACGAAUUUAAAACAACGACCGGAGUGACGUUAUUUUUGCUCCUGGUGGCCGAUUACCAACCAAUUUCCCUCGACCCUAAACUCCCGUUCUUUUUCUACUCUGCUCUAUUAAAAAAAUAAUAACAAUAAUUCUCGGAAGGGCGUUUAAAAGACGUUCGCCGGAACCCGGCCCCGCAUUUUUAAAGGGCCCCGCGGUCUACGAAAAUUACUCGAUUAAAAGGCACCGAUUUUGAUUAACUUUUUACAGAAUGAUGACACCGUUAACAAAUGGAAGCAAUUUUUGCUGAGAUGCAAAACAUUUUUUUUAGUAGCGAUGAUCAAAUCGAAAGGAGUAACAAAAAUCAUCAAAGUAUUAUUAUUUAAUAUUCGUCUUAUAAAAAAUACAUAGCAUUUGUAAAUAUAUAAAUUCCUCGUUGCGAAAUUUAAGUGCAGGAUUUGAAUGUGAAUUCAGGCCCCACAAAAUUGUUGAACCCGGAGGUGUCGCGCGACAAGGUGUCGCGAAACAAAGAAAGAAUAAAGAAAAGAUCGUCGCGUCGACAAGCGGCACGCUUCCCACAUUCGUGGCUGGAAUAUAACGGUCAUUUUAAUAUCGUAAGAUACGAGGCCCUUGGGAUCCAGCCGUGUUGGAAAGGAAUUCCGAAUCGUCCGACGGGAACGCGUGCAUCUCGGACGACGAACGGUGUCUAGUCAACUGUAGUCUCGCCUCCGUGGGAGCUCGGUGGUGUUAUGGCGCAUCUGGUCUCGCGUUUUCUUGCUCGCUCGGGGAUCGAUCAAUAGACUAGAGAGGCGGCGGAGGCGGCUAACGUCGGCUGUCCAGCCAGUGACGGCUUCAACAAUUUGCAUUGCAAAUCACUCGUAAUUAAGAACCGAGUGAAAUUGCUGGAAAUUCACCUCGCGACAUCUCCGGUGCUUCUGUCGGUACGAAAUGCCAUCUGCAUCUUCCCUGACAUCGAUAACGACCUCUCCAUUAGGCACGUUAAUCUCCGAUGCGGACAACUUGUGUGAAUCGCAGCCUGCGAAGAUGUUUUUCGGUUACGUUCAUUUUUCCGUCGCGUAACAUCGCGGAGAUUAGGUUGCAGUAAUUAAUC